UUGUGCCAGCUGUGCCGCCCUGCGGACUCCCAACCUUGUGUUAUUUGUGCCAGCCACAGCUUCUGGCUGCCAGGGAAGCAUAACGAGGGAGCUAAACAAGUGGCAGCUGGAGUGAGUAACACAAGGGCAGGAACAAGAGUCACUACAAUGCAGAGAGACACACUGGAGUAUGCAUUCUGUCUGCUGCUGUGGAGCGUGCACAUACUCACCGAAGGACUGAUGAACGACUGUCUGGAAGUUGGAAGCAGUGGUUUAUUCCCAUGCACAAACAGCUUAUCCAAUGAGUCAGUGCUUAUGACUUGUAUUGUGCAAAGGACUGAUGGCAAUAUAUGCACAAUCACACUGGACCUUGACACUUACGAAUUAAGCACAUGUGACCCCAGGAUGUCAUUAAACAUAACCGGGCUCACAGUAUUCCUCAGCAUCAGCAACAUACAGCAGGCCGAUGAAGGAAAUUACUCCUGUGAAUAUGCUUACAGUGGUGGAAUGAAUAUAACUGACUUUAACAUCUGUGUAUCAGAAUCCCCAACCGAAUCAAACAAUGGAUAUCUCAUACUUCUCAGUUGUGCUGUAUCUAUUGGCAUGAUCUGUAUUGUAAUUCUAAUCUUGUGGAGCUUACUGCUGUAUCAUAAAAGAAAUCGAGACUCAUCAGACCAGGCAACAUUUUUCCAGUCUUCAACUGUCCAAUUUUGCGCGUGCAGAACACAAACAGUGAACCUUUCUUCGCAUACAGAUCAGGACAUGAGGGAUUUUGAACCUUACAGCACCUUCAUUCAGAAGGACGAUGGAUUCUAUUCAGUUGCGAUCCUGAGCAACAUAAACCCAUAAGUGCUUUUUAAAGUAGAAAGGAUACAUGUAUGAUUUUUAUUUAUUCAGUAUUAUACUGACAAAAUUAAACUUUGUCCCUUCAGUAUGAAAAGCAUACAUGUACAGUUGUGUCCAAAUUAACUUGCAUCCAUUUACAUGAAGUUUGACAGUAAUUCCACUAAUUUCUAACUGAUGUUUCAGACUGUAGAAAUAAAACUUCUGAUUUUAUAAAUAAAAAUGUGAAAACAUGUAA